CCAAUCGGAGAGCAGCAGGCGUGCGCGUGUUGUCGGGGGGAAAUGGGGAAAAGAAAGAGUGGAAGAAAAUCGCAGCGUUUUGGGAGUAACUUAACCAAGAAGCAGAAAAAACAUCUGCGGGAAUUCGGGGAGCAACAUCCCUUUCACGAUGAGAUUUUGGAAAAAGCAGCGCCAGUUCAGAUUGUUGAUCCGGCUGAAAGCUCAGAGCAGACCGAUUCAGAGAGCGAUGCAGAAUCUGGUAUGGAACAGAUGACUGCCUACCAACAUCUGUGUUCCACCUUCAAAAAUGUUGCGGAGGAUCCAGACUCUGGUUCUGAUAAUGACAGUGAAAGUGAAUUUGAAGAGGUUGUGAAGGAUAUGAUCCAAGAUGAGGAGGAAGAGAAAGAUGAUAAUGAAAUCAACAACAAAAAUGAUGAAGGAGAAAGAGAUGCAUUCAGUAAAGCUGAAAAGAAAAGUUGUACUACAGAAGAAGAAUUUCCCAAGAGUGAGGUGGCACACAGUGAUAAAAUUGAAAACGACAGUGACCUAGAAACUGAUUUCACUGAUGUGAAGAAUGAAGCUAAAUUCUGUUUAGAAAGUAAUUUCAUUGGAGAUGGGAGUCAAGGUGAAAGUGAAGAAGUUGCUUAUGUAAACAGUUCUGAAGACCCAUUUAAGCAACACAUGGACACAGAGCUAGAGGAAGAUGAAGUGAAAACUAUAACACAGGUUCAUAGUACAAUACAGUCAAAGUGGACUACCCUCGGGCAGUUAGUAUGGUCCAGUCGCCUACCGAAAUAUUCUCUUAUUAAAGAGUUGUCAGAUGACAGUUCAAAAAAUCUCUAUCUCCAUAAACCACUAGAAACAACAUGGCCUACGGUCAAUGCUCAACUCCUUUCAGCAGAGGAUCAACUGAAUCAACAAGAAUUUUUCACGCCACUUCAACAAGGACUCUUCCAUAUAAUAAAUGAUUACAAAGAUUUGUAUUAUCCAGAAAGGACUGCUAUUCAAAAUGGAGAGCAAAUUCGCCAUGCCUAUUGUUUACACGUGAUAAAUCACGUGUUGAAAGCAAAUUCACAGGUGCUGAGCAAUAAUGCAAAGUACCAAGAUCAAAAGGCAGAAAUUGAUGACCUGAGAGAUCAAGGACUUACAAGACCUAAGGUACUUAUUGUAGUGCCAUUUCGAGAGUCAGCUUUAAGAGUGGUACAAAUCUUGAUUAGUCUUCUUGAUGUGAAAGACAAGCUGGAAGUGAGCAACAAAAAAAGAUUUAAGGAUGAGUAUGGCUCUAGUCCAGAAGAUAGACCACCAAAUCUAAAACGGCCUGAAGAUUAUGAAGCUAUUUUUGCUGGCAAUAUUGAUGAUCACUUCCGAAUAGGUGUGGCCAUCCUUCGUAGGAGUAUAAGAUUGUAUGCACCAUUUUAUUCUAGUGAUAUCAUCAUCGCUUCUCCCUUGGGUUUGCGGACAAUAAUCAAAGCUGAGGGUGACAAGAUCAGGGAUUUUGAUUUCCUGUCUUCCAUUGAAAUAUUAAUUAUUGACCAAGCUGAUAUCUAUCUAAUGCAAAACUGGGAGCAUGUUGUGCAUCUACUGAAACAUCUUAAUCAGCAACCUCAUGAGCCACAUGGAGUGAAUUUCUCCCGAGUGCGGAUGUGGAAUCUGAACAAUUGGUCCAAGUAUUACAGACAGACUUUGAUCUUCAGUGCAUUUCAGGAUCCACAGAUUAAUGCUGUUCUCAGUAAACACUGUUUCAAUUACAGAGGACAGGUGGUUGUAAGUAACCUACCUCAAACUGGUUCAGUCUGCCAUGUUGUUGUGCAGUUGCCACAUGUUUUCCAGCGAGUAGAUGUGUCCAGCUUCACAGGUCUGCCUGAUGCAAGGUUUGAAUUCUUUGUCAAGAACAUUUUGCCUCAAUACAGAGAAGCAGUUAUGUCCCACACCUUAAUUUAUGUACCGAUAUACUUCGAUUACGUGCGACUGAGAAACUACUUGAACCGUGAAGAAGUAAAUUUUUCUCAUAUUUGUGAAUACAGCAAAAAAUCUGCUAUUAAUCGAGCAAGACAUCACUUCCUGAAAGGGGAGAAAUCUUUCCUUUUAUUCACUGAACGUUUCUAUUUUUACAAACGGUACACCAUAAAAGGCAUCAGACAUCUUAUUUUCUAUGAGCUUCCUACAUAUCCACAUUUCUACAGUGACAUUUGCAACAUGCUAAACCCAGAAAAUAGGGGCGAUGAAGCAACAUGGACUUGCACUGUUUUGUAUUCCAAGUAUGAUGCUCAGAAGCUGACUCGAGUGGUGGGAGCAGAGCGUGCUGCACAGAUGAUUCAGUCUAAAAAGUCAGUGCAUUUGUUUGUAACUGGAGAAGACACUUAACAAAUUGAGGACUAGCAAUAUCGAAGAAUUUUACAAUCACUGAAGUCAUGAAAUUCGAAAUGAUUACAAAAUGCUGCAAUGCACAGCAAGUCAAGCAGCAUCAAUGGAGAAAAGCAAAAUUAAUGUUUCAGGUCAGUGAUAAUUCAUCCUUUUUCUAUUCGCAGAUGCUCCCUGACCUGUUCAGUGCUUAUACUUUUGUUGUUAUUCUACACUGUUUGCCUUUUUAACUCAAGGAUUUAAUACUCAGUUGAUCUUUCUACAUCCAUUAAUGUAAAUAAUGGCACGUUAUGACUUUUAAUUUAACUCAUGGCUUGCUCCGAAAUCUCUAAUUAUAAGAUUAUAUUCUGGAAACACCCUGAGAUUAGAUUAAGAGAAAUAAACAGCAAUCAAACAGAAUUCUAAUGCUUUCAAAUAAACUGUGGAUUUGUUUGUAAUUUUUUGUAAUCGUCAAUUGUACCGCUUCUAUUAAAAACUGUUUUAAAUAGUC